AUUUGCGGAAGCAAACCAAACACGAAUUAGGAAGAAUGAAGCAGAAGAAGAACAAGAUGGGCGCCAGAGCCUCCUCAAUCUCAGUAUCAGCAUCAGAGGCGCUGCUGGUCCACCUGACCAUCGGCUUAGGAUUAGCUCUCUGUUUCUCGGUGGCCAAUAAUGUCCAUUUCAUCAACCUCACCUCCCAUCCUUCUCACGUCCUCGGUCUGAUCUGGGCCUUUCAAUGCCCAACCGUGAUCCUUCUUUACAGCCGCUACCGGAAAGACCAAGAACGAUGCUCCUACUGGAAAGCCGUGGGACGUGGCCUGCUGGGACUGCCUGCUGGGGCUGUGGUAAAUGCAUUAGGAGCAAUUGCGUUGGGAGCACCUGUUGGCAUCCAGUAUCUGCCAAAGACCAUUAACUGGUCUCUUAUGAUGUCACUGUUCACAAUUGUACCUGCAGCUUCUGUUUUUGGUUCUUCAUGGACAGAUUGGCAACGUAUAUUUGCAUGUACAAAGCCAAAUGAUCCUGUAGAUUAUAUGAUUUGUCUACCUGCACAUGGAGUUGUUAUCGGAGCUUGGUUAGGGGCAUGGCCAGUACCGCUUGAUUGGGAAAGACCAUGGCAGGAGUGGCCUAUUUGUGUAAGUUAUGGAGCCAUUGCUGGGUACUUGGUUUCUUUAGUGGCAUCAUUUGGAUUUAUACUGGUGCGACAACAUGUCAAAGGAGACUAAGAAGUGAGAUGUCCAUAUUCCUUUGCUACAAUCUAUGCAGGAACUUUUGGGAAGUAAUUUCAUUUUCUCUUUCUAACAAAAAAUAUGGAUAGAAUCAUUGUUUUAUUCUUUUUGCACAUUGGAUGGGAUUGAAACCAUGACCUAUCCAGAUCCUAACCCUUUCAAAUCUCUCCCCACCACCUACCUUUAGUUCCAGGGGUUUGAAGCAACUUCUGUUUGCACUCAAGUUUUGUAGAAGUGACAUUACAGGAAGAAAUUAAACAAAAGUUACCUAUAACUUUUACAUGUGCUCCUUUACCUUCCUUUUC